CAACGGGGGGUACGGCAGAUCGGAUACCGCAACGAACUGUCCGCUUUCUCAGUGUCCCUUUGACUGCAACAUUCGAAACUGCAUCGUCGCUAUUCGACAGCCGAGCGCAAAUAUAGCGUCGACUAGCUUCGGCUUAGCGAGUCGAGUGACAGGCCUGCGCUGAAAGCUCGCGACACGAUUACCCGGACGCGAGCAAGAAAUUGAUUGAUCGAAGAUAAGAAAAUAUGAGACAUAAUACGUAUCGAUAAUAACUUUCGCUUCGUCGGACGAGAUUCAAGUGGAAGUUAAAAAGAUCGUCGAAAAAUAAAAUAAUCUGUGUUUUUAUCAAUAUACAAAAUAUAAGCAAAUCGUCGAUAAAUUUGUUCAGAUGAAGUUCGAGUGCAAGUUGGAGAGACCUUCAUGCUUGAGAUGUAUAAUAAACAAAAAUAAUAAAACAUAACAAUCGGACGACGACUUUUGUUCCUCUAAAAGGUGUCGGAAAGGCCUUCGCGAUUAGAAAAUAACGAAAUAUUAAUAUAAAUACAAUAAAAUAAUUGAGCCUAAAUUAAAUAAAAUAUAAUAAACUGAUUGACAACAAAUUUAAGUUCGAGAAUUUGAGGUGAACGUUUUGUGUGAAGUUGUGACAAACUUAAAGACCCUGACACGGUGAUAAUAUCAGGCAACAUGCUUGGCGGAUACGAGGCGCAAACAGAGUAUUAUCCGCAGUGGCAUCAACCAUAUAAUUAUGUCACUCAACUUCCCUACGGACCCCUCGGCACGGUUCCCGAUGCCGACAGCCAGUCCACGUACUGGGGCGCGGAUUCCGGUAUUUCGGGGGGUAGCUCGGGGGCCGGCAGUCCCACCGCGUCGACGCCACCCCUUAUCGAGGAGAUCGGCGUCCAGGAGCCAAGUUAUUCACCUCUGCAGCAAUACGUGCACCCGUCGGCCGGUCAGCACUACACCACCUUGCCGUACCCCCACGGACAACAGGAAACGUCGCCCCACCAUCAUCACCAUCAUCCACACCAUCACCAUCAUCAGUCUAGUCACCGACGCGAGCAUGAGUUUGCGAGCGCUCCGAUUGGCCAGCAGGUUGUUGGCGAUGCCCUUCAGCAGCAUCUUCAUCAGGACGUUCGCGAGGGUGGCGUGGUGGCGCCCAGGCCGAAGAGGCGAAACACCGCGAACAAGAAGGAGAGACGAAGAACUCAAUCCAUCAAUAAUGCCUUUUCUGACCUGAGGGAAUGCAUUCCUAACGUGCCCUCGGAUACAAAAUUAUCAAAGAUCAAGACUUUAAGGCUAGCCGCGUCCUACAUUGGAUAUCUGAUGGCGGUGCUGGAAAGCGACGAGGGAGAGGAACCGCAGACCUUCCGCGCGGAGAUUCUCUCGAAUGGCAGGAGGAAUAAAGCGGCACAGCCUAAUCAAAAUGAAUCGUGUUUGCAAUCCGCCUCGAAUCUCGGCCACGACGAACCGACGAAGAGCAAAGGACGGACUGGUUGGCCGCAGCACAUGUGGGCCCUCGAAUUGAAGCAGGAAUCACCGACCAGCCAGAUGCAAUAAAAUAUAACCGGGGACACCGCUGUCAAAACAUAUCCGCGAUAUUUCACAAAAUAUCGCUCGAAACGAUCGUUCCUUUUUGCGCCUGACAUUACUUUUUACCGUCGGAAAGAAAACGCGAUGCGCGAUUUAACGGCUGACGACGUCUUUCAAACAUUUUCGAAUGUCUCAUGGAAGAAUUACGUAUGUAAGAAAUUCGAAAUUACUGAGGAAUAAUAAUUCGUAAUUUUGUUGAUAAAAUAAUGUUUUAUAAAAUAAGAAAGUCCCAAAUCACGUUGAAAAAUGUUGAGAAGUCGCGACCGGGGAGAGAGAUAUAAUUAUUCGGUGUAAAAAGGAUGAAAUUAUUUCUUGUAUAUAGCAUACGUUCAUCAUUGUUGUGUAUAUAAAUAGAGUUCCGUUUCUUCUAUAACAGUCGGUAUUCAUACUUUGAGCCAAAGAAUAUUAUUUUACUGAUGACUCUUUUUUUUGUAAGCUAAUAAUAACGCGAUUAAGUUGUAAUUAUGAUUACAAUUUUGAGUUGAAUACGUGUCGUUGAGUAGAAUUAAGAACCUUUGUAAAGUUUUGUAUAAAGUAUCGUUACAAAAAUGUGUAAAAUGUCGCCAGCAAUAAACUAUGUACCAUAAUAAAA